AUGAAUGAGAUCCUUGGAUCUGCAUUUACUGCUCCAUCUGAUCCCACGACUGCAUCUGAAUGGCGUAUGUGUCUCUGGAUCAAGCACAUACCAGGUUGCUCUGCUGUGCUCCAUCUCCUUCUCCUAAAGAUGCAUCCUGACUUAUCUCCACACUUGCAUACUGAAGAAUGCAACGUCUUGAUUAACUUGCUUAAGGAAUGUCACAAAAAUCACAGCAUUCUGAAAUUUUUUGGUCAUUGCAAUGAUCUUGAUCGGGAGAUGAGAAAAUGCUUGAAGAAUGAGUACAUGGAAAAGAGGAACAAGAGCAGGGAGCGUGGCAAUGCAAUGCGAAAGAGACUUUUUAAUCCUCCAGAGGAAUCUGAAAAAUAGAUCAUAUUUUCAUUGGAUGCCUUGGCUGAGAGAAGACCCAAAGACUCUUGGGUGAUAGCUGAAGAAAUCCGUUGCAUUUAGUCUUCAGAAUCCUUUGAAUGGAAAGUGACCCAUGAGAAAUCGAGCCUUGGAGAAGUAUGGAAGCCCUGGAUCCGGAAUGUUGGUUGGGCAGAGCUGUUAGUACUCUCUCUCCUCUUCCAGCGCACCUGAGACUUCUAACGUGUUUGUUCCUUUUGCCUACGGCCCCUUGACAUUUGAGUAACUUAUCUCCCUCAAU